AUGCUGUUCGGCGCGAAGGACAUCGCGCUGCUGGAGCACGGGUGCCAGGCCCUCGGGGUGGACAGUCACAAGUCCCUGAUGAUCCUGGGCAUCCCCGAGGACUGCAACCACGAGGAGUUUGAAGAGAUCAUAAGGGCACCCCUAGCGCCUCUGGGCAAGUUCGAAGUGGCCGGAAAGGCCUUUCUGGAGGAAGAGAGGACCAAGGCGGCCAUCAUCCGGCUGGCGGGAGACAUCGACUACGCCGCGAUUCCCAGGGACAUCCAGGGCCAGGGCGGCCUGUGGCGAGUGGUCUACAUGCCCCGGAGGCAGGACGUCGCCUUCCUCACCAAGCUGAACCUCUUCCUGCAGCGCGAGGGCCGGACGGUGGAGGACGUGGCCCGCGUCCUCGGGCAGGAGCUGGGCCCGUCCACGCCGGGCCCGCAGGAGCCGCCGGCCACCCAGGGCUGUGCGCCGGGGCCCGGGGAGAAGCCGGGGGCCGGAUCCCCUGCCGGGGUGCGCGGGGUGCCGCCUUUGGGCCUGGCGGAGAAAGAGAGCAAGGCCGGAGAGGGCAAAAAGGGCAAGAAGCAGCACAAGAAAAGCCGGCGACGCCACCACGCGUCUGACAAGAAGCCUUGA